CCAUGGAAACUGAAACUGAUAUGGACACACUACAGUUCGACCUCUUGUUAAAUGUGUCGAACACAGCGAGAAACUUGGAGUCUACGAACACAGUCUUAAUUCGUCUACACGUACAGAUUCUCGAUGAUGAAAGUAGACUAACGCCUUUGAGAUCAGAUCGCAUCUACUUGAAGCCACGUGGCUGCUUCAGCCCAAGUCAUCUCUCUCAACUCUUUGAUGAACAAGAGGUUCGUUACUCUCAAGUUUUAGGUGAAACAAUCCAUCGUCAGAUCAAUGAAUGUUUUGCUAAUGAUCAUUCUCUUCGAGAACCUGUUUAUGUAACUGUCAAUGUCAAUAUCAUCGAAGACAGGCGGACGAAUGUGAAUGUUCCUCCUCCGUCGACAAGAGCUUCGUGGGAAGUAAUUCAGAGAUUAGGGGUGGAACAGAGAGUGGAAUUGAUGGAUUUGGAAGAUACAUAUGAGAUUCAGUGUUCGAUUUGUAUUGAGGAUUUGUCUAAGAGUAAUGAAAACAUCAUCAAGAUGCCUCAAUGCAAACAUAUGUUUCAUCGGAAUUGUCUCUUCGAGUGGCUUGGUCGGCAAAACUCGUGUCCCUUGUGCCGGACUGUUACGUACGGAGAAUCAAGAAACAGUGAAUUCAAGGUUGGGUUAGGGAUGCCUCAAUGCAAACAUAUGUUUCACCAGGAUUGUCUCUUCGAGUGGCUUGGUCGGCAAAACUCGUGUCCCUUGUGCCGGACUGUUCCGUACGGAGAAUCAAGAAACAGUGAAUCAAAGUUGGGU